CCAAGAUAGAUACAGCGGAACCACCACCAGCCCCCAAACAUGCACCCUCUUAUGCUCUUGAUCCUUCCCUUCAUCCUGUAUACCGCGACCUGUCUCGCCCGUCUGAUACACGCAGCCCUUACCAACCCCUCAUUGCUGGCUAUCCCUGGUCCCUUUCUCGCUCGCUUCACACGGCUUUGGUACUUUAGCCACGUCCGGAAAGGUCGUUUCGAAUGGGACAAUAUCAACCUCCAUGAUCGUUAUGGCCCCGUCAUCCGUAUCACGCCAGAUCAUUACAGUAUCAGUGAUAGGGCGGCCAUGAAGACCAUCUACGGCCCGGGAAGCCAGUUUGCCAAGUCAGCUUGGUACGAUGGAUGGGGUCAUCCGGACCCCAGCAAGACGAGUCUAUUUUCAGAUCGGAAUGUUAAGAGACAUGCCGAAAACAAGAAACGUUACUCCAGCCUCUAUUCAAUGACUUCCCUCAUUCACUACGAGGAAUUUGUUGACCGAUGCGCCGAUAUCUUCUCGCAACGUCUGACUGAGUUCGCUCAGCGAGGGGAGUCCUUCAACCUCGGCCAUUGGUUCCAGUGCUACGCAUUUGAUGUCAUUGGGGAUAUCACUUUUGGACAGCGGUUCGGGUUCUUGGACCAAGGACAGGAUGUCGAAGGUGCGAUCAACGCCGUCGAGAAAGUGAUGGACUUCAGCACCUUGGCUGGCAUCUAUCCGGAGUGGCAUUCGGCUCUGUAUCAUACCCUUGGCCGCCUCAAUUUGUCCGGACCGGGUGGACGGUCGUUGAUUAUGCGAUAUGUCGAAGACAAGAUCCAACAGUUCAAUAGCCGAUCUAAUCGUAAACCCGAGCAAGAUCAAGGCACUUUGAAGACACAGGCGUUUAUGGAAAAGAUGGUUUUAGCACGGAACAAAGACCCAGAGAAGGUCAACGACCGUCAUUUACUAAUGAUGGGGGUAUCAAAUUUGACCGCCGGGUCGGACACUACAUCAGUCAGCCUUUCCUCCAUUAUAUAUGAACUUCUGCGGAACCCAGCAGCACUCCGGCGACUCCGCCAUGAGAUCAAUGAAUUUGAAGAGCAAGGCCGUUGCAGCAACCGGGUGACGUUCAAGGAAAGCCAAGAUAUGCCUUAUCUUCAGGCCGUGAUGAAGGAGGCCAUCCGCAUGCACAGUGCCACCGGUCUGCCAUUAUGGAGGGUGGUCCCCGCUGGUGGUGCGGAGAUCAGCGGUCAUUUCUUUCCUGGGGGAACAGUUGUUGGAAUCAACACCUGGGUGGCACAUUACGAUGAAAGUGUGUUUCCCGAUGCCAAAUCAUUUCGUCCUGAACGUUGGAUCGAGGCGGAGAGCAAUCCGGAGAAACUGAAAGUUAUGAAUGAGAUGUACAUGCCCUUCGGUCUAGGUUCCAGAACAUGUAUCGGCAAACAUAUCUCGAUUCUGGAAAUGUCUAAACUGAUUCCCCGAGUUGUUCGCGACUUUGACUUUGAACUGGAAAACCAGACAUGGACGACACGGAAUAUGUGGUUCGUGAAACCGACCGACUUUGUAGUCAAGGCGCACUUGCGAGCGAAAUCCCCGUAAACGACACUGUCUUUGAUGCCAUAAAACAAUCCGCAUAAGAUUCUUCAAUAUAUACAUCCAG